CUCGACACUUUUGCACAUCGAAACCGCUCCCCCCCCCUCAGCGGCCUGUCUCGACAGCUUGCCCUCGUCCCCUCUGUCCGACCCAGGAUAUAAAGCCCAGCGAAAGAGCAUGCCGCCUCCGGCAAGCACAUCGCUCCGGAGACUGCCGUCCCGCUUCUGCAUACGUCUACAGGCUGACCCUUUGCGCACCCCGCUAGCCUGAGCAUACAACAGACUCCCAUGGCCACAAUCAAGAUCCUGCCCGUCCCAUCUUCGCCAGGGUUCCUGGACGGACACCUGGGCGUCAUCGAGACCUACGUCCGAGGCAUUCUGCGAAUCAGCAACGAGCCCCAGCGCUCUCUUUCGGCAAUGCCUUGGCCCGAAACGGCCCAUCUUUCCCCCUGCAUCGUUCCGACAAGUGUCAAGGUCACUCUGCUCGGUCGACUCGAGAUCUCUGCGGCCACGAUUGGCUACAAGAGUGAAAAGACCAUCGUCAACACCACCGUCAACCUGAUCUCGGCUGACCGGGACAGCCACCGCCGUAGUGUCGACAGCAAGGCACAAGCGCAGGUCCAAGCCCAGGCCCAUGCUGCAGCGGAUCCUGAAGACACCGCCCGCCAUGGGAGCUUUGGCAGCCAGACGCAGAACAGCAGUGCAUCGCUUGUUUUGUCGCUCAUAGGCGGGGGCGAUUCGUGCCUGGACAAGGCCGAACACAUCCUCCCAGGCGAGUUCCGAGAUUAUCCGUUUGCGAUUGGCCCGCUCGACUCAAAUGUGCUUUUGCCGUCGCUGGAUAUGACUUGCACCAACGGCUCGUCGCCAGCGCAUCGGCUGCAGUGCACAUAUGACCUGGAGGCUUUUGCCAAGGUCGUUCCGCUCCGGACUACCCCUGAAGACCCAGCCGACAAGGACGGUGCCCCUGCUCCGCUCGCCCGUCGUCGGAGCCUCAUUGCCGGCCUCAAGCUGCAGCACAACCGAUCGCAACAGCUCCGCAAGGCCAAGGCCGAGUACCUGCGCACCCGGGUGGCUCUUGGGCCGGUGGCAUACUCGCACCGAGAGGAGCUGUUGGCUCUCCUGCAGCCAAAGCCUCUGCACACCGAAACCAUGGCCCGUAGGAACGGCCGCAUCAUGGCCAUGCUCGAUAUCGACAGGCAGGUCACGUUCACAGGCUCAGUCUUCAAGGGUCACAUCCGACUGAUUUCCCAGGAUGGUUUCCCGCUCGAGAUCAAGCAUCUCCAGCUCGAGAUCCUGCAGAAGCAUGCCUGCAAGGUCAAGGCGGGCAUUCGCCGUCGCAAGUCCUUUGCAAUUCUCGACGUCGCCAGCAGUCUCAACAGCCAGAUCACCCAAGGGGCCGUCCAUCACCUCGACACCAACCGGCCAACGCUGAUGAAGCUCCACGGCACCGAUGUGCUGCACUCUCAGAUCCUGAUUGACGAGGACACUGCCGAAAUAUGCAAUCCGAACGAGUGUCUCGAAUACGUGACGGACUUGCAGAUCCCCUUGAUGCCCACGACUGCCCCGUCCGGCCGCUGGGGCGGAUCGAUCGAGGUCUGGCAUCUCGUCCAAGUGACAGCCCAGAUCGAGAGGUGCAACCGCAAAGUCAUCCAUCUUCGUCUCGAGGCGCCCAUCCAAAUCUCUGGCGUUGGCUACAACACCGAGUGGAAGCGGGAGGACGAGGUUUUCCAGCCCGAGAGCACUCCCGACAACCCGUCCAGCGCACCCGAGUAUGCGGACGAGAGUUUCGAGACCGAGUCUCUCACGACCGACGGCCUUUCGACGCUCAACGGCAGGCCUCCAUCUGGCAGCGACGCCGCCGAGACAAUCCGCACCACCUGCACAGGCGAUAUCGUCCAAGCAUACCUGCGCCCCAUCUCGCCCCCGUUUACUCACGACGAAAGUCUCAAGGCCACCGGGACGCUUUCGUCGUUCCCAAAGCUCGAGGCUGGUGACCAGUCGCUGCCUCAGUCUCCCCAAGACAGCAACAUUGACCGGCGCAUUGGCUGCGAUGGAGAGACAGUGGUCCCUCUACCGUCCGUCCUUGAUUUGUCUGUCCGUACGAUAUCGACCACCGAGUCCCUUCCCAAUGUCUGUUCCAGCGUCAGUAACAGCAGCGACGCUGAGAACGCCGACUUUGAAAGCGACACCCCCAUCGCAGCCUCAUCGCUGGCUACACAUCAGCCAACUGCCCUUCCCGACCAAGCCAAGAACGUCGCCGGCAUCCCGCAGAUCGUCGAAAAGCUUCAAACAAUCUUCUCGUACGUAGUGCAGUUUGCACUGGCCGUUAGCAUCGGACACAUUCAGCUGGAGAAGGGAGCGGCCCGAAGCCUGAGGGGCUGUUCGCGCUCGGCGCUUUCAUGCAGCACCACCGAGACAAGCAACCUGUCGUAUUUCCCAACCUUCAAUCUCUCGGACCCAGCGUCGAUCCGCAUCAUUGGAUUCGUGCUGUCGUCCAAGUCACGCAGACGACGCACCCUGCCUGCCGACCAGAUCUUUGCAUGAGCCAUUGUGGCGGUGCUCCAGACGAUCGAGUAUCUGGGCUGCUUGUCGCGCUGAACACCCAAACGGCUCGCUCUUUCGAUUUACCGGAUUGAUUGCCAGAAUGCCUUCCGUCUCUUUGUUGAUUUCUGUUUUCCUCUGCCAACUGUCUGGCCAUCGCGGAUAUGUUUCUCCCAAGCCCUAUUUUUCAUUCUCUCCUCCCUCGCGUCCUUUGCUGCGCAGCUGCUUGCUUUUUGGCCCGUCUCUGUAUCCGUCUCGUUGUCCCACGGCUCUUCCAAGAAAAGAGGCCCAUCUCCAUCUGCUUGAGGUCAAUGAUCGUUUUUGUUAUGGAUCUUGAAUACACCGCUCAUACUCAUCCACACCAUGGGGAGGGGCGAGGCC